AUCAGCUGAUGAAGCAGUUAAGAUGAUGCAGGUUAAAACCACAGAGUCGCGCUUUUUUUAAAGGUCACAUUAAGACCCCACAGAAGACAAAGUCCUGCUUGCUGUCAGCAUGAUGCACAGUCUCUUCACAUUUCUGCUUGUUCAUCUUCUGGCGUGGCUCUGCCAAUAUGCACACGGCAGCAAAAUCAUCCAUGGAAAAAAGGUCCCAGAUGGCAUGAUGCCGUACAUGGUCUCAUUGCAGAACAACAACAAUGCACAUGUAUGUGGAGGAUUCCUCAUCAGUGAAGAAUUUGUGUUGACUGCUGCACAUUGUGACAAUGCCACACAUGUGGUUCUUGGGACCCACAAUCUAAAGAAGGUUGAUAAUAACGCAAGGAAGCAGAGUGUGAUGAAGUGCAAGUAUCCCUCUUAUCAUGAAAGCCCUAAAUUUGGAUUUGACAUCAUGCUUCUCAAACUAUCACAAAAGGUUUCUCUGAACAAGAAAGUAAACCUAAUACGACUUUCAGAAAACCAAAACCUAAAAGACAACCAAAAGUGUCGUGUGGCUGGAUGGGGCUCAACAAAAACAAAAACUAAAGAUCAAGUUGUUGAGCUACAAGUGGUGGAUAUACCAAUCAUUAACAGAAAGGUCUGCGACAAAGAAUGGCAGAAAUCUAACGUGAAACUUCCUGAAAAUGUUAUCUGUGCAGGCGGAUAUAAGACAAAAUCAGGAUUCUGCCAGGGUGACUCUGGUGGGCCUCUGGUAUGUGGUGGGAUGGCUGUUGGAAUUGUGUCUUUCAACUUUAGGAAAGACUGCAAAUACCCGAAUUUACCCAACAUCUAUACAGAGAUAAAAACAUAUGUUCCCUGGAUCAAAGAAACUCUGAAGAAAAAGCAGUGUGUGUGAAUGUCACAGUCAUGGCUCACUACGCUACGUUUAGCCUGUGAUCAGUGUUCUCUCUUUUACUGAACUCGAAGCGUGUCUACUUACAAACAACAACAUAAAAUACAAAAGCAAUACAGAAUCAAAAUGCAAAGUGUUGAGUGCAUAUGUAUUUACUGGUCCUAGUGUUUGUGUUCUGUGUUAACUGUAGUGGUAGUGGCAGAGAAGGUAAAGUUUUACACCAGCUGUGCAGAACUAAGUGAAUAACAAUAAUCAGACUAUAACUAACCAAACGUAAUAUUAUUAAGUGUCAAACUGCUACACUCUACUGUACAUACACUAUGCUGUCUAAGAGAGCUGAGCUCAGCUAAGCCAAGUUCAGGUUGGCUACUGAAGCUACAGUACAAACAAACCAUCAUCUGUCGGCUGCUAAGGCCGACAGAUAAACUAAUCCCACUUUAGAGAAAAACUAAACUCCACUAGGUUGCUCCACACAAAGCAGAAAGAAAAUGAAUAGGGAAGAGGACCCAACUGCAUGACCCAGAUACAAUGUAAAAUCACUGCUUAGUGAGGGAGACAAAAUUACCAUGUUUGAGUGAAGUAAAACUACAUACUGCAAUAAAAAUACCGGAAUAGAAGAAAACCACAGGCGCCUCCAUGAGGCCGGGAAAACAAACUGCAGCACAAACAAUAAAACCUGACAGAAAGACAAGACCCUCAAGUACUAAUUUUAUUGUGACUUCACAAAACUGAUGUUCAGGUCUGAUUCUGGUAUCUGUGGCAUCU